AUGGAGUCCCCCCACCCCAAACCCACCCUCCUAACCCUCCCCCUCGAACUCCGCCAAAUAAUCUACACCUACCUCUUCACCACCCAACCCAUCACCAUCCAACACAACCCCAUUCCCGCCGAGUGCAGCAUCGACAACCGCCCCCUCUGCCGCAACCCAGAAGCCCCAACCACCACCACCGGUGGUACCCUCAACAAAUCCGGCUACCAACCCAGCUACGCCCUCCUCCAGACCAACCGCCAACUCCACCACGAAACCCACUCCUACGCCUACAGCGCCCCGCUCUUCCGCACCCAACAAACCGAGGCAUUCGCCAGCUUCACCAGCGGCCUCACCCGCCCCCAGAUCCACGCAAUCCGGCACCUCGCCUUCUUCCUCCCGCUCGCGCAGGGCAUGGAAACGCACGCCGCGGAGUGGCACGAGACCUUCGCCUUAGUCCGCCACGCCUACCCGCACCUCCGCUCCGUGUCCGUCGAAAUGGCGCUGGCGUUCCCGGCGGCCGGCGGGAAGGACACCUAUUGGGACGGGGGGUUGUUGGAGCUGGAUCGGCUGCGGUCGCUGCGGGGGAUGCGGGUUGUCGUUUACGGUGGCGAUGUGGCGGCGGCGGCGGCGGAGGUCGAGAAGAAACCUGAUGAGCCGUUCUUCCUGUAUGAGGCCGGGACGCUGCAUCCGGCUGCAUCGGAUAUCCGGGGCAGGACUGGGGCGGCGGCGGCUGCUGCGGCUGGUACUGGUACUACUGCGAUUAGCUUCCAUCACGCGCGGGACGCUCUGCGGCGGAGGCUAGCACUAGCCCCCUCCAACCCCAGUCCCGAUGACAACGAGGAAGACCCCGGCCGGCUGUUCUUCCGCACCUCGCCGAACGUCUUCCCCCUGUACGUCCGGAAUCUGACGGAGAUGCUGCUCCGGCGGCGGCGAUCGCAUGCCGAGAUCCGAGGGGAGGAUCGCAUGCAGCGCAACGAGAUCUACCACUAUGUGUACCUGGAUGAGAGGCCGUUUGAGUGGGGUCGGGUCUUUGGGUUUCAGUAUAGCAGGAGUGCGAAGUUGGAGGAGGGGGAGCUUGAGCGCGCGCUGGAGGGGCUGCGGCUGGCCAGGGAGCGGUUGCGUGUGCGGCGUGAGAAUGGGGAGCUGGGGGCUUGUUCGCGUCCUGAGGCAAGUGGGCGUGUGGCUCUACGGGAGAGAAAAGGGGUUCGUCGGGUCCAGGAGGAGGAUACGGGGGCUAGGGCUGAGAGGCCGGGAGCUUGGAAGAAGCAGCUACUGCUGGAGGCGUCGGCGCCUUUGAUUGAAUCGUUCCCUGAUUGUAUAGCGCGGCCGUAUCGGUCUGAGGGGAGGGGCUCUGGUUGAUCGAGGGAGACG